AUGGCUGUCCACUCCAAAGAUGAGGCCUUGAUGUGUAAGGUCUUUCUAUCUAGCUUGGGCUCAGUGGUGAUGAGGUGGUUCAACGGUUUAAAGGCAAACUCUAUUGACUCCUUUAAAAAACUCACCCGAGCCUUUGAUGCUUGCUUUAUUACUUGUAGCAGGGUUCCUCGGCCUUUAGGAUCCUUAUUAUCUAUGUCCAUGCGGGAGGGUGAGACUCUGAAGGCUUACUCAGAUAGAUACUGGGAGAUGUUUAACGAAAUAGAAGGAGAGUACGAUGAUGUGGCCAUUAGUACUUUUAAGGUUGGCCUUCCGGCCGAGCAUGAUUUAAGGAAAUCUCUAACUGGUAAACCUGUUACCAGUGUACGUCAAUUGAUGGAUCGGAUUGACAAGUACAGAAGGACAGGAUCUGCCAACAUCCAGGUGGUUAAUGCUCUGUUUCGAGAGCUAGUGCAGCAAGUGCUGGAGAAGAUUAAGAAUGAGCCGUUCUUCAAAUGA